UCCUUCUUUCCUCUUCCUAUAUAGGGCCGGCUAACAGCUGAAAUCCGGACGACUGCAACUUACACUUGCCGUCAAAGGUGUCUCUCGCAACCCCUCCAUCUAUUUCACAAGAACCACUUCAACAUCCGAUCCUCCAUACAUUCCUGCGGGACCCAUUUGUUAGACAAAUUAAGUAAAUUUAACCUUACCUGGAAGCUAGACUUGAGGUUGAGACUUCAGAGACAGCCUUUCCUCAGCUGUCGUUACUUGAUAAAUCUCCGUCAAUCUUCUCCACCCCGGUUACUCACUUGGACCUGUUCCGAGAACUCACUCUGUCCUCACAAUCGACUCUGCUGCUGACUGCCGCUAGGACAGGACCAGGAAUCAGUGAGGCGGAGGCUGAGGGUCGUCCACUUUUUGUGCAGUUGCCUCCUUCUCUUAGAAUCAUUUGUACUAAUAAAGAUGGAGGGAGCAACACAAGAGCCUCUCUUAGACGUUGUUCGUUCUGUUGUUUUCAAAGAAUCAGAGUCUUUGGAAGGCUCUUGCAUUAAGAUAGAGGGGUAUGACUUCAAUAAAGGUGUGAACUACCACGAGCUUCUUAAAUCAAUGGUUUCCACUGGCUUUCAGGCUUCCAACCUCGGAGAUGCAAUUGAACUUAUCAAUCAAAUGCUUGAUUGGAGGUUGUCUAACGAGCCACUGGCUGAAGAUUGCAGUGCUGAGGAGAUGAAUCCAGCAUAUAGAGAAUCUGUAACAACCAAGGUUUUUCUAGGAUUUACUUCCAAUCUGAUUUCAUCUGGCGUUCGAGACACAGUUCGUUUCCUGCUUGAGCAUCAUAUGGUCGACGUUGUAGUUACCACUGCAGGUGGCAUAGAAGAGGAUCUUAUAAAGUGCCUUGCUCCAACAUACAAAGGCGAUUUUUCUCUUCCUGGAGUUCAUUUGCGCUCAAAAGGUCUCAACCGCAUUGGUAACUUGUUGGUUCCUAAUGAAAACUACUGCAAAUUUGAGGAUUGGAUUAUCCCAAUUUUUGACCAGAUGCUGGAAGAGCAGAAGUCAAAGAGCGUAUCUUGGACACCAUCUAAAGUAAUUGCACGUCUUGGAAAGGAAAUUAACAAUGAAAGUUCAUAUCUUUAUUGGGCAUACAAGAAUAAUAUUCCAGUAUUUUGUCCUGGAUUAACUGAUGGAUCUCUUGGAGAUAUGUUAUAUUUUCAUUCUUUCCGAAACCCUGGUCUAAUCAUUGACAUUGUGCAAGAUAUUAGGGCUAUAAAUGGUGAAGCUGUCCAUGCAAAUUCUAGAAAAACAGGAAUGAUAAUUCUUGGAGGUGGGCUGCCAAAGCAUCACAUUUGCAAUGCCAAUAUGAUGCGAAAUGGUGCAGAUUUUGCUGUCUUCAUCAAUACAGCACAGGAGUUCGAUGGGAGUGAUUCUGGAGCCCGUCCAGAUGAAGCAGUGUCAUGGGGUAAAAUAAAAGGAUCUGCCAAGUCCGUUAAGGUACACUGCGAUGCAACUAUUGCUUUUCCUCUACUAGUGGCGGAAACAUUUGCAACAAAAAGAAUGAAAAAGGCCGAAACCAUCUAAGUGGAGACUGUAUAUUUAUGUGUAACUGUUUUUUUCAUGAAUUAUUUGUCCACCCAAGUGAGAACUGAGAGCAAAUUCUGGAGGCUGCUAUUCUUUUUAGUCUAUUAAUUGGUUCAAUA